UAUCUAGUGAGUUAUGCUACUUUUGUAGCUUUAGAAGCGCCACGUUGUUCUUGCAUGGUUUCUGAACUUCAACUUUUGUUAAAAUCUGUUAAACUCAUUGAAUAAGGUUUCUGCAUUUACUCGCCGGGAUAACCUCAUUAAAAAGUUAGCAUAAUUAGCGAACAAAAGGCUAGUAAUCAGCCAUUCCAAAUUUAAAAACGUUAUAUAGUAUACAGAACUGUAAGGAAGCACGUGUUAUUUGGGUGAUUGUAGCAUCUCAUGGGCUAUAUCGUUUUCAUAUGUGUAGAAGUUGUUUAUUAGACAACACAAGCUAAAUCUGUACUUUUGUCUAAUGUUUGAACAAAAGGGUCACCAACAGGGCAUUUAAGUGUAGACUUUAGCCAAAUAUAUUGGGAAGUACUACUUCUAUUACUACUGACUAAUAAUAAAAACCGUUAUUUUCACAAUAGCACAUGGGCAGUGUCUAAAAAUGUGGAGGAAGAUCAAAAUUGUAAUUUUUAUUCUAUUUGUAAUUCAAUUAUGUUCUGAAACUCAUGAUCAUAGCAUAAUAGUGAUUAUAUUUGAUAAUACCUACUGAUAAUAUGACAGCAGUAACUGUAACUGAUAUUUACCAAGACUAUGUGUACUGUUUAGAGAAAGUUAUGAUAGUUAUUCUUAAAAAGAUCUUUAUAAUUUCUUUCAUAUUUAUUUUUAAAUUAAGUCUUGUUUGUACAGUGUAUCUUUUUGAAAACAGGGUAUACUGUGGACAGUGGUAAAACCAAAUCAAAUUAUUUGUUAUAUUUUUUUCUUCAGAAAUUUCAGAGUGAGCAGACUGGCAAGUCAAGAAAAAUAUAAACACCAACCUGCUGAUGGUAUUCAUUGAGAGCUCAGCAGCAUGUUUGCUGCCUUCUCAAAGGAAAGGUCUAGUGAUGGAUCUCCACAUACCAGUGAUAAAGACAUUGCUAAUUCUAAACCGAAGGUUGAAAAAAAGGUUAAUUCUUCUGAAGUGACUUUACCACCUCUACGCCCAGAGCCAUCUUGUUUCUCUGUAGCUAAGCCCCUGUUCAGUUGUGGACCCAUCUUAAAAAAUGUGCCCUCUAAUGAAUCAUUGUCUGUGCUGGAGCUACCCAAUCCUUUUGCUCAAGUAGGGCCUGGAAGAGCCAUGGCUCAUGCAAAAUGGACAGGAAGACCUCAGCUAUUACCUUCAGCAUUUAAGACUGCCAUUCCCAUCAGAGCAACUCAGUCGAAAGGACAAAGUCUUACAGAAAAAGAAGAUUCAGUCAAAGUGACAACUUGUAAAAACAAAAAGAUAAGGACAGAUGGAAGAGCGACCAAAUCGAAAAAACAUCCUCUUACUGGCACUGAGGUUGUUGAGAUGUUUGCCCAGAAAAGAGACCCAGGAGACUUGGAGUUUUAUUACCUAAAAGAAAGGGAUGGAGAUACUUACAGGCCCUAUGACCUGCAAGUGAUCAGUUCCAGUGAUGCUGGCUCUGAGCACUACAUCUUCUCCCCUGAUACUGUACUUCACGUGACAAAGACAGGAUUUGGUGGACUUGUCAGCCUUGCAGAGUGGAACAGAGAAUAUGUGUUGUGGACUGCUUUACAGAAGAUUCCCUUUUUUAGGGACUUCAGACCUCGUAAAGCUUUUGCCUGGUGGCAGAAAAAUGUACACAUGAUCCUUUUUAAUCGCAGGUGUAAAAAUUUGCAAGAUAUGCUUCUUUUAGCUGUACCUCAGUUCAGAAAUGCUCUUCAUUUGUUCACUGGAAUAAUUGAGGAACUUAAAGAGACACACUGGAUGCCUCUGGAUGACUCUAAAACCUACACAUUGCUGGAAUUCAGGACUGAAAUGAUAAAGAAGAGUCAAGAAUGUUUUCUGAUUCUGGAGAAAUUAGCUCAAUACCAUGCUGUUGUUCUGAAUAUGGUGAAAGACGAAAGCUAUCGAACACACAAGGAGCUCCAGCUGCACAUAAAACUUGCCAACAGACCAAAUAGAUCCUAUGAACCCAUUCACCUGCACUUGGCUUACCAGCAUGAGCUGAAGAAAGAGUUGCACCAGUCUGAACGCAUCUUGCAGAAACUAGGAAACUUUGCAGCCCUCGUCCAUCAGAUGAUUGUACAGAGUGUUGUCACAAUCAUCCAACAAGAUGCCAUUUCUUUUCUCAGUCGACUAAAGAAGAUGGCAUCUCAGCAGUGUUGCCUAUUCCACACUGAGCUGUGUUUCAGUGAAAGUAGUCAGCUGACCAUGGAUCCACCAGUUCAUAUGUUCCAAGAAACAGUGAGCGAAUGCCUCCUGACUGCUGGCAACUCUGUGAUUCAGAUGUGUGACAGCUGUGGAUUGUUCCAGGAAAUCAGCAGCAAUGCACAUAGUUCUGUUCAGGAUUUAAUAUCUGACCUCAGCUGUAUGAAACUCUCAGGUGAGAAAAACAGUGACAGGAGGAUUGGUCACUCAUUCAGAGAAAUGUCAGCUCACCAGCUGGCACUGCCUGAAGCGACUGUACUAAUGGUGCAAAGCAAUAUGAUGCAUGGCAGCUACUAUCCUCUCUCCAAGACACAACUCGAGUGGCAGAUUUGCAUCAAUGACAUUACAAAGGAAGUUGAAAUUGAGCAAGCCAAGAUCAUGCAGGCUGAAGAACUAGAAAUCCAGCAGUUGUGUAAGAGCUAUGCGUGGUUGGGAGAUAUUCAUUUAUUUGUAACACAGUGGAGUCCAGUUUCUUUAGAAUCCAUGAAGGGUCAGCCUGCUUCUGUGUAUGAGGAGCACAUUAAGAAGCUGCGCAGCUGGGCUGAAAGAAUCAACACAGUUGAUGCAUCAGUUUAUACUUCCAACCAGAUGUUUAUAAUCCAUUGUACCCACACAAAGGUAACUCUAGGGCAACAGCUAAACCUCAUUGAGCAGCAAGUGCUACAUCAGCUGGUGGAGCAGAUGAAACUGCGCACAGAAAGCCUCAUAUUGGUCUUGGAGGGGGUUACAGCUGCACUCAAGAAAGAACCGCAAGUCUUACAGGACUUCUCAAAAUAUGCUUUUAGGGUGAGGGAAACUUCCAAAAUGUUGACUGACUUGGAGAAAAGUUUGGAGUACAAUGUCUCCCUCCGUAAUACUAUUUGCACUACCUACAGAAAGAUGACUGAGCAGGAGCUGACUUUGGAGGAAAAGAUGCUGGACUUGUGGAAUUCUUUCAUCGUCCUCUUGAAGCAAGCAGACAGCCUUGUGAGGCAAAGGCUUCCUUUAAUGGCUAAUGCACUGGAAACAAAGUUUUCAUUGUUAGCCUUUGAGCUUAAAAAUAUAGUCUUUAAGGCUACAUCUGGACCUUUCCUUGACCAGUGCCAGAAUGCCAGUGAGAUUGUCCCCAAACUGAACCACAUGUGUGCACAUGUGCAAGCUCUCUAUGAAGAGUUAAAACAACUCAACAGGAACAGUGAAAGCAUUCAAGAACAAACAAUAGAUCUGACUAAUAUAACAGCUGAUGUUCAGAAGGUCAUAGCCCGCAAAGACUUGUGGCAACUCAAAGCUGAAUACACCACCUGGGUGGAAGAGUGGAAGCAGCAACUAUUCAGUGAGGUUGUGGUAUCAGAAGCUCUGGGGAAAACUUUCAAGUGGAAAAAGCAAGCACAAAUAUUGACAAGUAGCAUACCUACUGAUGAUACAGUGCUGCAGGAAACUUUAGGAGUCCUGGAAGACUUAAGCCAUCAGACUGAAGUCAUGGUGAAGCUGCACAGCACUAAACUUAGAGAAAAACACUGGGAAGCUAUUUUCCAAGGCAUGGGCCUGCUAUAUAUUCCGGAGAAGCAGGUGACAGUUGACGAAAUAAUGUCUCAACAACUUAAAGCACAUCAAAAACUAAUUAACAAGAUAUGCAGGGAUGCACAAACAGAGUGGAACAUGGAGCAGACCUUCCAAAAGAUAUGUCUACAUUGGAAAGACAGAGUCUUUCAGCUGAGUGAAUUUACUCUUCAUUUAAAAGAGAAGCACACAGAAGGCAUAAUUUCAAAUGUCCAUACUGCAAGACAACGCUCCUGUAAUGAUUCCAGGUUCACCAUCACUGGUCUAGAAACACACUCUGCUGAGGUUGAGAACGAUUUAAUAACUCUGUCCACAAUAUUGAUGUCAGGACACAGUGACGUGUCCAGGCUGCAGUUGGAGGAUUGGAUUCAGUCACUACAAGAAGUUGCGAAGCUACUUGAUUUAUUUGAAAGAUAUCAGCAAAUGUGGGCCUUCCUGACAAGAAUGUUUAAAGAAAAAUCCUGCUGUGAUCAAAGACUAGAUUUGCUGAAGCUUUUCCAACCAGUUGACGAGACUUUUAAGGAGUUGAUGCUCUCAGUAUCACAUGAUCUCCAUGUGUUGAACUUUGUUUCCACUGAGACAAAGGGCAGAUUUUGUGGCAGCAGCGUUUGUCGGAUUCUCACAGAUGGUUUGUCUACAAUGGAAGCCAUUUACAACCAGAUGCUGGAUCUCCAUCACACCUUCUGUGAGCUGUUUCCAAGACUGUGGUUUUUGAAUGACAGGGAAGUGAUGCAGCUACUUUCUUUUCAUCUGACACCUUUUACUUUGCAGCCCUUUGUUCGCAAAUGCUUUAAAGGAGUGCGUUGGCUUGAAGUGGACUAUAAAACAUCAUCUAAUACAAGUGAUGUGAAAAUUUGUUGGGGCUCAACUGAACAGCACAGGCAAAUGACAGUGCUUGGCGUUUUUGGCAGCCACCAGGAGCACAUUGCCUUUCAGCCUCCUUUGGAACCAAAUCCUGAUGCCUUAGUCUGGCUCAGAGUCUUUGAGAAACAUUUGAAGUUGACCAUGGUGAAGCUCUUAAAACAAUGUGCUGUGCUGCGAAACCGAUUUGAACCACUCAGCCAAGAUUUAGCAUGUAAUAACAUAGUUAAAGGCAUCCAACCUUGUAAUGCUGACAGGAUAGAAGAUGCACACCCUGAGCUACAUCUGCUCUCUGAAUAUCCGCUUCAGUGUGUGCUUGUUGUUGAGGAGGCCCUAUGGUGCAGUAUUGUUCUACAGGCUUUCCAAGAAAAGGGUCCAAUGACGUUGAGGAACAUAAAGGUUUACAACUCAGCAAAACUAAAAAACCUUGGAAACACUAUAAGAAACGGAGUCAAAGGAUCUAAAAGUGAAUCUCUGGUUUCCAAAUACUCAAUGAUGUGUUUGGGUGCUUUAGUGCAGCUUACGAUGAAUCAUGCCCAACAGCUAUCUCGACUAGUGGAGUUACCAUGUGCACUGGAAUCGUCUUUUGAGUGGCUGAGCUUGAUGAAGUAUUAUAUAAACACAGAAGACCAAAGUCUGCAAGAUAGUGAGAAUCCAACAUGUUAUGUGGAGAUUUUAAGCCAUCGGUUCCAGUAUGGCUUUGAGUAUUCUGGACCAGAAGACUUGGUGAUAGUGCAUACCCCAUCCACGGACAAGGCAAUACUCGGGAUUGUCCUUGCUUUGACAAGCUACAGAUGUGGUUUUGUGAGUGGACCUUCCAUGUCUGGAAAGACAAAAACUGUGGUCCAGUUAGCAAAAGCGUUUGGGCAACAGGUUGUUGUGAAACAGUGCUGUCCAAGCAUGAGACCUAGUGAUAUUCAGCAGAUGCUGCUGGGUGCCCUUCAAACAGGAGCAUGGCUUCUACUGAGCUCUGUGGAUUUAUUAACACAAGGUGUCCAGUCUUUACUGGGACAGCUUCUUGUAGACAUAUACCAAUCCUUGUCCAAGUUAGAAAGAAAUAAGAAUUUAACUCCGAAUGAGCAGUCAGAGUACAAAAAUGCUGAAAGGGUGACAGAUGGCACUAAUAUUUCUGAACCAGAACGUCACAUUGUACUUUCAGGAAAAUGCAUCUCUGCCAGGCCAGGCUAUGGGUGUGUUCUCAUCUCUUCAAAGGAUUUUGCAUCCAUUCCAGAGAGUUUACGAUUUGCAACCAGACCUAUUGUAUUAACACGUCCAGACUGUCGGAUAAUUGCAGAAGUAAUGCUGACCUCCAUUGGUUUUUCAGAAGCCGCGUCUUUAAGUCAUCGUCUGGUGUCCCUGAUCAGCUUGGCCAAAGAUUCCAAUUGCCUGCCUGAUUUUUUCCCUGAUGAUCACAACUGUAUUCUUGGUGUCUUACAGAAGAUCAUCUUAGCAUCUGAAAUACAGCUACAACAUGCUGUACGUCAACGAGAAAUUUCAGAUGAAGCUAAAGUUUCGGCUGCUUCACACACCAAUCAUAUGCCUUUGGAAAAUAUGCCCGUCCAACUUCACGAGGACAGAAAGGAAACUGUAAAGAUUUCAAAACUACGCAGUUCUCAGCUGUCAGUUAUAUGGGCUUUAAUGGAGGAGACAGCCUUGGUCAAAGCUAUUAUUUCGGUCUUGAUACCUGAGCACAAGAAAGCCUCAGAAUUCUACAUAAUUUUCAAGGACACAUUUCCUUUAGCAUGUCAGUUUCCACUUUUCCAACAGUACAUUGAAGAAGGAGAAAAGAUUAAACUUGAAAAUGCAGUUAAAGAGGAGUUACAACAAACAUGUCUUUAUUGUGACAAUGAAAUAAUUUGCAAUGCUCUUAAAUUGUACCAAGCUGUGAAGAUUUCUCAUGCAGUCAUGCUUAUAGGCCCUUCAGGUAGUGGAAAGACAGCCUGUUACAGAGCUCUGGCUGGGGCGCUCAAUAGACUUGCUUUUCAGCAAAAUGAGUGUGUGUUUGAAAAUGAGAAUACAAUUCAAAAAAAUACUUCACAGGCAGGACCAAAGAUCUUUGCUUCGAACUGGUGCUUCAUUCACACUUUAGUUUUGUUUCCGAACGCCAUGUCACAUGAUGAACUGUUUGGUUGCUUCUGUGAAAAGAAGGGAUGGAAAGAUGGAGCUGUUGCAAAGGUGCUUGAAGAAUGUGAUCGUAGAUGUUCUGAAAUCUGCAACAAUGAGGGAAAAAGCAGUAGGACAUCAACAGUGAAGUGGCUGGUAAUGGAUGGGGAGCCUGCAGGGAAGCCUGGCUGGUUAGAUUAUUUGACCACACUGUGCACUUCCCAGGAUCCAUUUCUGUGUCUGUCAUCAGGUAAAACCUUGCCCUCUCAGUCACACCUAAAUCUCUUAAUGGAGAUGACUGACCUACAAAAUGCAAGUCCGUCCGCAGUGACCCACUGCAGCCUUGUUUAUUUCAUGGGUACUGAACUUUGGAAAGCUGUGUGGAAGAGUGAAAUAAAUGUUCUGUCAUGUGAACACAAGCUGGAUCAAGGAAUUGUAAAAAUGUGGAGUCGUCUCGCUGAGGAUCUUUUCCACAGCACUCUGAGUUUGCUUGGGCAAAAUGCUUUAACCUCUGCCAACCACUUUGAAAGAGGAUCUUGUAAAAGAUAUGGUCUGCAAGAAAUCAUGUCAUUUGUCAGGAUCCUGCGUGCCUUCCUGCAACAUUUUGUGGCGCAUUUGAAAACACAUAAAACAACACCACAAACAGACAAAAGAGAUGAAACCAACACCAGGGGCACCGAUACCCAGAGUAAACAAGAGCUUCUUUGCAGAAACCUUUUCUUGGUGGCUUACAUUUGGGGGUUUGGGGGACAUCUUCAUUCUCGCCACUGGCCACAGUUUGACUUAUUAGCCCGACAGGUGCUGUUUAAUUGCAGGUACAAAAUUGAGGUUCCAGAUGAAGAGAGUGUAUUUGAACACUUUGACAUCAGUAGUAAGAUGUGCUCCAAGGACACACAGCUGACAAAUUCUAUCAUUCCAAAGUAUGGGAAAUACAAGCGUCUCCUGAGCCUGAUGCUGGCGGCAAAUCAGCCAGUAUUGAUUACAGGAGAGCCGGCUUCUGGAAAAACAACACUGUGCAAAACUUUUCUAAGUUUUGACAAACCACACAUUAACCUUCCAGCAAGUCCACUCCUGAGCUCCAAAGACCUGCGCAUUAUACUGAAAAGCAUCUGCAUCCUGAAGAACUGUAAAGAUGCUGCUGGUUCCAGAAGAAAACAGCCUGGCCUGCUCCUGUUUGUGGAUGAUCUGCAUGAAGCCCCUUGUGAUGUCUAUGGUAAAGCGUCAAUGGCUUUGGAGACUCUGCGUCAGAGCAUUUCAAAGGGAGGGAUUCUGACAUUUGACACCUGCUUCUUCAGCUUAUUGAGUUCUGGCACUGUUAGCUAUUUGACUACGUGCUGUGUCUCAGGACUGGGUAAUCAGUGCAGUAACGUGAUAUCCUUACGGCUCUCACGGCUGUUCUCUAUCUUUGUGCUCCCCAGCCAUUCCACAGAUGUUAUAUUGUCUAUCCAUUCUCAACGGCUAAAAAUCUGGCUCAGGGAAAUGCCACUAAACUACAACAGUGAGGACAUGUCAAAAUGUGUUAUCACUGCUACUAAAGAUCUGUACCAUGCUGUUUGUGGUCAAUUCCAGCCUACUGCACUGCGGCCCCAUUUCAGAUUUUCCUAUCAUGACCUUCAGAAGGUGUUUUUGGGGAUGUUCCUGUCACAGAGUGAUAUCUCAACCACAGAGACCAUGCACAAAAACCAAAAAUUACAGUCAAACCCCUUUCUAGCACUCUCAGGCCCACCAGCCUCGGUUAUAAACAUCAUACAUCUCUGGAUGCAUGAGUGCAUGCGUACUUUCAGUGACAGGCUCUGUACAGAGGAUGAAAGAAAAACUUUUCUGUCACUCUUAGUCAAGACAGCAACAACCCACUUUGAAAGUAAAUUGGUUGACAACACCUACCUAGACACUUUUGAUGACCCAUCCACUGUCAGGAACCAAGUGGUUCAUAUAUUACCUGUAAACAAAACAUCCAUCUGUCAGACGAAAGUUCAGAAUGUUGAACUCAACAAUCUGACUGAAGAGCCAAAACCAAUUGGCCCGUCAGACCUUAGUCAGAAAGGCCAUGCACUGACAGAAUCUUCUCUUGAGUCUGAAACCUCCAGCUCAGAAGAUGGAAAAACUCACCCUUUGCAACCAACCAUCCUUCAGCUUUUGGAGGAUUUAAUGGCUAAGCUUGUCUAUGGUCCUGAGUCCUUUGAGACCUUGAACUCCUUGAAUCAAUUACACAAAAAUAAAAGUGGGUGCUGUUAUCAGGAGCAAAACCUUGAUGCAUUGCUGCUUGAGCUAUGUGCACUUCUAGACAGGAAAGAGGAAGACAAAACAAAGAGAGUCGAUAGUUUGUUUGCCAUUACAAACAGAUACUUUGUUCACAGGGAGGCGGUUAGUCAGCUGUUACACAUCCUCAGGGCUUUGUUUAUACCUGGGGGUCAUGGAGUACUCAUAGGCUCAGACAGAGGAACAGGUCGUAAAACCACUGUGCGCUUAGCUGCCUACUUGACAGGCUUUCAGCUGAUGGAAGUAUGUUCAGAUAAUGAAAAUAAAUUGCAUGAAAUCCUGAAGGAGGCUGGGAAUCGGGCUAUAGUGGAUGGAGUUAAUGUCAUCAUACUGGUCCAUGAAGAAGUCAGUCCACCCGUCAGAGAAGAACUGCUAGUAGCAAUGGCCCAGAGAGCCUACCCGGCUCUUUUCACAGAGGAUGAGCUGCAGAAGCUUGUUUCCACAGUGACAGCUGUGAAACAUUCAAGAAGAUAUCUGAUGGACAAGUGGAUGAGUGAGAAUAAUAUCCACGUGUUCCUGUUGAUGCCUUUCAACAUGUCAGACAACAGUGAAUUACCUGCCAACAAUGAAACACAAAGUUGGAUUGCACAAAUGGCCAAGGCCCUGAGGCUCAGUUGCUGUGUAGAGGUGUACCAGCCGUGGUCCAACCUGUCUUUGGUGGAAGUUGCUGUUAAGUGCCUCAAAAUCUGUCCCAAUAAAAUUAUCCAAGAAUGCUCAGAGCACAGCCUGACUGUGGCCAUGGCAGGAAUCCAUCAGUCUGCAUGUCAGUAUGCUUCAGCCUUUUUAAGAGCCCAGCCUUUCAGUCCUCGGACUUAUAUGGAGUUUAUUUCCCACUUUGGAUACCUUUGCAACCAACUACAUGAACAGUGGCAGAGCAAAACCAGCAGAGUUGCCAAAGCUUUGGCUCGUUUGGAAGUCCUGAACAACACAGCAGUGCAGUGUAAACAGCAUUUAACACAACUGCAAACAAAGAUUUCUAAGACACAACAGCACGAAAAAGAGCUUCUUAGGACAGUAGAAGAUCAUAAGAAUCUGCUUGACAGAGCCCUUGAAAAAUAUAUCGAAAAGCAGAAGCAUCUAGAAGAGAAGAUUAAUCAAGCUCAGCAACAGAUGAAACCAGUCUUCCUGUCAUAUCUUAAAAUCUUUGAGUGUUUGAAUUCAUCUGACCUUGAGGAGGUGCGCCACUACAGAGAUCCACCCGAUGGAGUGGUGAAGAUCAUGGAUGCUCUUUGUUUGCUGUUUAAUCGUCCUCCAGGCUGGGAGAGUGCCAAGCAACUUCUUGGCCAAUCCAACUUUUUUCAGGAGCUGGAGUUCUUUGACUGCAGCAGCCUGACAAAUGAACAGCUUCAGCAGCUUGGACAGAUAGUUCAAAGUCCUCACUUUUUGUCAGAUUCUGUGCGUGAGGUUAGUAAGGCCUGCGAGUCCCUCUGCCGAUGGGUCCAAGCGGUGUAUGAGGGCUGCUAUGAGCAACACCAACUGGUGGUCAAACAGCAGAUAGAGGUGCUUGUUGGGGAGGCAAGGAGUCAACUUAACUUGGCCAGGCAGCACAAGAAAGAGGCCUACCAGCGUUACGAAGAUGUUAACCUUCACCUUAAGUUUGUGCAAGAAGACCUAGAGGAGCAGCUGCUGCAGCUACGUGAGGCUGAAAACCAGGAAAGUGAAGCUGCUACAUGUGCUGAGAAGUUACAGAUGCACAUCAGGGACUGGAGAGCUGCAUGUCUGGAGGCAGAAUUACGUUGUCAAAACAUACCCGGUGAUGCUCUCAUCCUGGCUGCAGUCAUGUCAUAUUUAGGCCCGUUUGGACCUGAAGUACGCACAGAACUGUUGAGCAAGUGGAGAGAGCUUUGCCAGACAGGGAUUAUCAACAAAAAUCCCAAGGAUAUCAGAUCCUCCUUGUUUACACAAACAGACAUUAAACCCAUUUCUCCCUCACUUGGUUUUCCUAUUACUGUGACUGAGAAGCUGCAGUUGCCUCUUGGUCAGGCUUUAGGGUUGAACGAGUGGCAACUUGAGGAUACUCUGUCUACCAGACUGCUGGUCAAGCUGUUGCUGUGGGGCUUCACAUGUUCGUAUACUCAGUGCUGGCCACUGCUGGCGGACAUUGAGCAAUAUUUGGAGAAAACUUCUCAAAACAAGCUCAUCACAGGAGAGAAUGAAAAGCUUGAGAAGGAGUUCAUGUUUGGGAUGGUGGUUUGUGCGGAUGAUCUGGAGCUGCUGGACAAGCUGGACCAUGCUGCUGAGAAAGGAUUGAAAGUCCUGGUUACUCAUGUGGAACGUGCGAUUCCUAGUCCUGGUUUUCUGGCAAAAUUGGCACGUCCUUCUGAAUGUUGCUUUCCAGGGUUACAGCAGCCUCCUCAACUGCUCCAUCCCGACUUCUGCCUCUUCCUUAGCACCCAUCUGCCUGUCAGUCUACUUAACAGCGCAAUCCAUGCAUCCAUUUUGGCUCGGGUCCAUGUGGUUGACCUCUCUCUGAGUUCAGAGGAGAUCCAGGAGCUGAUGCUGACACAGCUGCUACAGUCUGAGUGCAGAGACCUGCUGAUUCAACACUUACGAUUUCAGAAUAACAAUCAGGUGCUGCAGGAGAAACUGGUCACAGAGGAGGUUGCUGUGAUGGACUAUAUCCUGCAGUCUGACAACUUUCUGCUGAAAGACAGAUAUUUUCUUUCCCAUGUGGCUGUCUGUCAAGAAGAAAUAAAAAAACUGCAGACUGAGGUCAAGCAGCUGAGUGAGGAGCUGGAACAUCACGACUCCCUGCUGGCUGCUCCACGACAGUUAAUGAAGCUAGCUGCUGCCCUCUACCAGGCGCUGCAGGCGAUGUCCCGCCUUUCUCCUGCCUAUUACUUUUCCCUGAUUGGCUUCAUCACAGUGAUGCAAGAGGUUUUCAGGGUAAAGGGCAGGCUAUUAGUGUCAGAUACAACUGGAAAAGCAACCAAGAACAUGUUACCAGAGACUAUGAACAUGAUGGUUCUCCAGCUGCUGGUGCUAUACAGGCCACGUCUCUUCAAAAGACACGCUGUUGUUCUGAAACUGUUGGUGUCGUUGGCUUUGCUCAAGUACAAUCAACUUUGCUCUGAGGCAGAGAUUUUGGCCUUCCUCAGUGGUUUUGAAGACACAGAACAUAUUAUAACUGAAGCCUGCAGCUCUUCUAUCACUAUUUCACACUCCUCUGGUGGCCUUCCCAGCUGGAUACCCCCUCAUAUCCACUCUGGGCUUCUCUGCUUGGAAAAGAUCCCCACUUUUAGAGGACUGAUUGCUUCCCUCUGUGCUUCCCCCACACAGUGGCAUGAGUACUUAUGUUUGCCAUCUUGUACUGUGGUAGGAACUGUUCCCUGUCGCUCUCACUCUCACCUCUCUUUGCUUCAGCGGGCUCUCCUCUGGAAGACCAUCCUUCCAAACUCUCUGGAGGAACUAGCAGAUGUUAUAGUUGCCAGCCAACUCUGCUUGCCUGUAAAGACAAAUUGGACUGACUUUCCAGACACUGGAAACAUAGAGGCUCUCUCGAAAUAUUUGGUCAAAUAUGAAAGACUUGUCAUUCUUACAUUGCCUAAUCCAGAAAAAGAUAUGCAAAUGAGCAUUCAGCCUCUGUAUUUAAUAAAUCAGUUGGCCCACUGUGCAAAAGAAAAAAAUAAGGUUCAAGUGAAAAUAAUAUCUUUUGGGGCACUGUGUGACAGAGAGCUCAUCCUUUCAAUGCUGGACAAAGCAGUUCAUGAUGGCCACUGGCUGGUCUUAAAUAACUGUCAUCUCUUGGAACACUGGGAUGAUGAAGUUUUGGCUCGCAUCAGCUGGUUGAUCUCCUCUUUCACAGAGGAGCAGUCCCCGAUUCAUCCAUGCUUCAGAUUGUGGUUUAUAACACAAGAAAAUGCUUCUCACUUUGUACCAGCUGCAGUGCGAAUGUGUGCCCUGCCGCUGGUCUGUGACUCUCCAUGGGAUUUGAAGGAGGAGCUCAGCUGUUCUUUGCGACAGGUGAUGUCGGUCAGUCGGCUCCAGUCAUGGUCAGAUGUCACCACUAACAACAUGGAGCUGCUUCUCCGCUGUGCCAUCUUCCACUCCAUUUUGUUGCAGAGACAAGCCUAUAAAUAUUUAUGCUGUGGAAGAAUCCAUCACUGGAGUCAGGAUGACCUGCUUGCUUUAGCAGAUGCACACAUUUGCAUUGCCAGUCUCUGCAAUGACAAUACCAAGGUUUUGCAAUAUAUAGCAGUCAAUCUCAUACACGGUGGCCAUGUAAUGGACUCUGCAGAUUUAGAGGUGGUUGAGAGUGUUGCCAAGUCAUGCUUCGGAACAGUGUCAUCUUUUUUGGGUAGGGGGCCACACACCCUUACAAAUGUUACCAGCAGUUGUGACCGUUUUGAUUUGUCAAGACCAUUGCAGGUUUUGGAGCCAUGUUUUCAACAUUCAACAAUCAGUGACCCUGUUUUGCUGGGUUUAAGUGAGGAUGUGCCAUCUGAGAUAACCAAGAUCAAUAGCCACAACUUGAACUUAUUACUGAAGGCCUCCCAACCUUCUCUUGGACAAGUAAAGCGUUUCAGCACCAGACAGGAACAGUUUCCCAAACUGCCAGCCUACAGUCAUACAAAAGAAAGACUAGAGACCCUGAAAAAUUACCUCACACACAAGAAAGGCAGCACAGUUAAAGAAGUGGAAUCUGUUUCUCAUAGUCCCAUUCGUGACUUCCUCAUGGCAGAAUGGGAUGAUCUGACUAAUUUGGUGUCAUUACUUCUCACAAAGCUCCAACAACCUGUUCAGUACACAAUGUCUGUUUCUCCCCUCUUUAACUGCACUGACCUGUCUCACUUGGAGAAAAGGGCAGAUUUGCUCAGUGCUUAUCUCUGGCAUGGCAGUACUUCAGAUCCACCUGGUGCCUAUCGACUAUCUGCUUUUAAAAACCCCAGAGGCUUCCUGGUGGCAGUGAUGAAAGAGGCAGCUCAAAUAAAUCACAGAUAUAUCAGUGAUAUAAUGCUGCAUUUCCAGGUUUUGUGUGAUUGCACAUACCCAGCUUUGCUUCCUCCAGGUGCCGUGUAUUUGUGUGGUCUAGAGUUAAAAGGGGCAUCAUGGGAUUCGGAGCUAGAAGCCCUGCAGGAUACUCUUUCUCCUCUGCCAGUUUCAAUGCCACUUCUUUGUGUCAAGGCUCAAUUCAGGAGCCCAGACACUGCCACAGAUACUUUGUCUUGUAAAUCUUCCUAUUUAAUGAACAAAGGUAACGUCCAAGCUGCAGGUGCCUCCCCAGUGACUCCUACACAGUUACCAAUCUACCACUGCCCGCUGUAUGUAAACACAGAACAGAAGAGUGGAAACUGGGGACUGACAGAAGUUAACAUUAUUUCAGUGGUUCCCCUUCGUGCCAACCUAAAUCCUGUCCUGUGUAGCUUAAGAAGGGUGAGACUUGUGAGUAUACUGUGACUGAUCUGAGCUGCUGUCACCUACUGUGCUGUAUCUGACUGACAGUCAAGCAUGCCAGUGUUGCUGUGCAUUUUGCAUGUGUUUCCAGAAUUUCUGCAAACUCUCAAAUAAAUUUGUGAUGACAA